AGGAACAUGGAGGCUCCCCUGGAACCCGCGCCCGAGCGGGUAGGCCCGGAGACCACCUCUGAUCGCCGCGGGCUGCGCUGCCUGCUGUUUUCCGACUUCCGAGAGGAGCUGCGGGCCCUCCUGAUCCUGGCGGGCCCCGCGUUCUUGGCCCAGCUGAUGAUGUUCCUGAUCAGUGUCAUAAGCUCUGUGUUUUGCGGCCAUCUGGGCAAGCUGGAACUGGAUGCAGUCACACUUGCAAUUGCAGUUAUCAAUGUCACUGGCAUUUCAGUGGGACAUGGCUUAUCUUCUGCAUGUGACACCCUCAUCUCCCAGACAUACGGGAGCCAGAACUUGAAAUAUGUGGGGGUCAUCCUACAGAGGGGCAUGCUCAUUCUGCUCCUCUGCUGCUUUCCCUGCUGGGCACUUUUCCUCAACACUCAGCACAUCUUGCUGCUCUUCAGGCAGGACCCGGAUGUGUCCAGGCUCACACAGACCUAUGUGAUGAUCUUCAUUCCAGCUCUUCCUGCAACCUUUCUUUAUAUAUUACAAGUUAAAUACUUGCUCAACCAGGGAAUUGUUCUGCCCCAGAUCCUGACGGGAGUUGCCGCUAACCUUGUCAAUGCCCUUGCCAACUACCUGUUUCUCCAUCAACUGCAUCUUGGGGUGAUGGGUUCUGCAUUGGCCAAUAUGAUUGCUCAGUUCACCCUGGCUCUCCUCCUCUUUCUCUACAUCCUUGGGAGAAAACUGCAUCAAGCUACAUGGGGAGGGUGGUCCCUCGAGUGCCUGCAGGACUGGGCCUCCUUCCUGCGCCUGGCUAUCCCAAGCAUGCUCAUGCUGUGCAUCGAGUGGUGGGCCUACGAGAUUGGGAGCUUCCUGUGUGGUAUCCUUGGCAUGGUGGAGCUGGGAGCUCAGUCCAUCGUGUAUGAGCUAGCCAUCAUCGUGUACAUGAUCCCUGCGGGCUUCAGUGUGGCUGCCAACGUCCGGGUAGGAAAUGCUUUGGGUGCUGGCAACAUUGAGCAGGCAAAGAAGUCCUCUGUGGUUUCCCUGCUGGUCACAGAGCUCUUUGCUAUAACAUUUUGUGUCUUGCUGUUAAGCUGUAAGGACCUCGUGGGAUACAUUUUCACUACUGACCGAGACAUCGUUGCUCUGGUGGCUCAGGUGGUCCCAAUUUAUGCUGUGUCCCACCUCUUUGAAGGACUUUCUUGUACGAGUGGUGGCAUUCUGCGGGGAACUGGAAGUCAGAAGGUGGGAGCCAUUGUUAACGCCAUUGGGUAUUACGUGAUUGGUCUACCCAUUGGGAUCGCACUGAUGUUUGCGGCCAAGCUUGGAGUGAUUGGUCUAUGGGCAGGGAUCAUCAUCUGUACUGUCGCUCAAGCUGUGUGCUUUAUAGUCUUUAUUGCUCGGCUCAACUGGAAACAAGCCUGUCAACAGGCUCAAGUACAUGCCAAUUUGAAGGUCAAUGUGGCCCCAGAUGAGAAUUCUGCUGUCCCUCAAGAUCCAGUUUACCCAGUGGGUCCUGAAAACCAUGGAGAAAUUUUAAUGAGAGAUGUUGGAAAAAAAGAUGAGACUCAAUUGGACCAGCAGAUGCCCCAAGAACAACCUUCACCUGUCCAUCCAAAGAACAAUGAUAAAUUGUCUGUGCAACAGUUGGUUCUACGGCGAGGACUCCUGCUCGUGGGCGUCAUUUUAAUCUUGCUAUUGGGGAUUUUAGUGAGAGUAUAUGUCAGAAUUCAGUGA